UAUGCAUCCACAAAAAAGAGUUUGAGCCUGCAAAGUUAAAUUAAAGAUGGUAGGAAAUGGAAUUGUUGAGGAUGAAGAAAGCAAUCUACGGUCGCAAUGAAGUCCAGCCUUUUGCCUCUACUCCAAAGCAUAGGCAACUUGAGGAAGGAAAAGACCCAAAAGCCUCUUUAUUAAGCAAGGUGUUAGGCCUUGAAGAGCUUUUCUCUUUGGAGGUAUGGAAAGCUUCUUUGGCAGAGGUUCUUGGGACUGCAGUGCUUGUUUUUGCAUUGGACACAAAAGUUAUCUCCGCCUUACAGACCGAAACAAAAACGCCAAACCUUGUAAUGUCAGUCCUAAUUGCCUUUGCUGUUGCAGUUAUCCACCUUGCUACCUACCCUAUCUCCGGCGGCCACAUCAAUCCGAUUGUUACUUUCGCUGCUUUACUCACCGGCCUCAUUUCCAUUUCCCGAGCUGCUAUUUUCAUUUCGGCUCAAUGUGUUGCUGGCAUAUUGGGUGCGCUAGCACUGAAAGCUGUAGUUAGCAGCAGUGUCCAACAAACGUAUUCGCUAGCAGGAUGCACCAUAACUAUUGUUGCACCAGGUCUAAAUGGGCCAACUGUGAUCGGCCUAGGGACGAGCCAGGCCCUUAGGCUUGAGAUAAUCUGUUCCUUUGUGCUUCUGUUUGCCUCUGUAUGGAUGGCUUUUGAUCGUCGCCAAGCCAAGGCUCUGGGUCGAGUUACGGUCUGUGUUAUUCUGGGAAUAGUGUUAGGUCUUCUUGUGUACAUUUCAACCACAGUUACAGCAACGAAAGGAUAUGGUGGUGCUGGGCUAAACCCAGCAAGAUGUUUGGGUCCAGCAGUUGUUAGACCUCUGGAAUGA